GUGGCAUGCACGUUACAAAAUUCGUGCUCCCACGACCACCGCUUCUUGGAGGACCGUACCCCGCCUAGCUAGCUACACCUCUGGUUGUUGCGGGCGCGUGCCUGUCUUCCCCGCCGCGCGCGGUCCUCUCGGCUGUUGAGGCGCGUUCCGGCGGUCGGGGAGAAACGGGGAGCCGGCUCCGGCCGGCGGAACGGCGUCUCAAUCAUGGGCAGCCUUUGCUCCAAGGAGCAGGUUGUCGAGGAGGAACACGUGCCGGUGCCGGUGCCGGACAGGUUGCGGCUGCAGAAGGCGCCCAGCCAAUCCCUGAAGCAGCUCAUCACUCUCACCGCCAAGGAGGAUUCUGCGGUCGUCGCGCCGGUCGUGCACGCCGUCAUCAGCAGGUCCGAGUCCAGCGUCAAGCCCAAGGCGCAGCCUACCACCGCGCCCGAGAAGAAGGCUCCGGUGCUCGUCGUCGCCUCUCUCAACAAGUCGUACAGCACAGCCGGGCUCACGCACCACCGGCGGCCCACCGUGGACACCGGCGACCAUGAUGCAGCGGACCCCAUCCCGCAGGGCGUGCCCCAGGGGUUCUCCGGCGAGCACGUGAUCGCCGGCUGGCCGUCCUGGCUAACCUCCGUGGCCGGGGAGGUGGUCCACGGGUGGCUGCCCCGCCGUGCCGACACCUUCGAGAGGUUGGACAAGAUCGGGCAGGGCACGUACAGCAACGUGUACAUGGCGCGCGACCUGCAGAGCGGCAAGAUCGUGGCGCUGAAGCGGGUGCGCUUCGUCAACAUGGACCCGGAGAGCGUGCGGUUCAUGGCGAGGGAGAUCCACAUCCUGCGCCGGCUUGACCACCCCAACGUGAUCAAGCUGGAGGGCAUCGUCACGUCACGCCUCUCCCACAGCCUCUACCUCGUCUUCGAGUACAUGGAGCACGACCUCGCCGGCCUCGCCGCCACCCCAGGCCUCCGCUUCACCGAGCCGCAGGUCAAGUGCUUCAUGAGGCAGAUCCUGGCCGGGCUCCACCAUUGCCACGGCCGCGGGGUACUCCACAGGGACAUCAAGGGGUCCAACUUGCUCAUCGACGACAACGGCGUGCUCAAGAUCGCCGACUUCGGGCUGGCCACCUUCUUCGACCCGGCCAAGACGCAGCACCUCACGAGCAGGGUCGUCACGCUGUGGUACCGCCCGCCGGAGCUCCUGCUCGGAGCCACCGAGUACGGGGUCGCGGUCGACCUGUGGAGCACCGGCUGCAUCCUCGCCGAGCUGCUCGCCGGAAAGCCCAUCAUGCCCGGACAGACCGAGAUUGAGCAGCUGCACAAGAUCUUCAAACUCUGCGGGUCGCCGUCCGAGGAGUACUGGGCCAAGGCGAAGCUGCCGGACGUGACCCUCUUUAAGCCGCAGCGACCCUACAGGCGCCGGACGGCCGAGACCUUCAGGGACUUCCCUCCCACGGCGCUGGACCUCGUGGACACGCUGCUGGCCAUCGAACCCUCCGACCGGGGCACCGCAGCUUCGGCACUCGAGAGCCAAUUCUUCAGAACCAAGCCGUUGGCGUGUGACCCGUCGAGCUUGCCCAAGUACCCGCCAAGCAAAGAGUACGACGCCAAGCUCCGCGGCAAGGAGGCCAUGAGGCAAAACGCGGCGGCAACCAUAGCAGGUAAGGGCUCCCUGUCCGUGAAGCCGGGAAGAAACGACGAACCCAAGCCAGUAGACGCCGUUGGAGCAGGCAGCCAGAGGAGGCGGGUGCGUAACAACCCGAAGAGCAGCAGCCACCACUACAGCACGCUGGAGGACAGCGUGUCGGGAUUCCGCAUGGAGCCGCGGGCAGUCGCCGGGCAGCUGUCGACGAUGCAGAACGCCGGGCAGUUCGGGUCGACGUGGUACAGGAAAGACGACCAGCGCGGCCGCGGGGUCCAGCGAACGACCAGCUCCGUCAGGGUGUCGAACCACGCCGCGCACCUGACGUCGCAGAGGUCCUACGCCACGUCCCGGGGCACCGACCUGCACCCGAGCUCGUCGGCGGCCAGGAACACCAACUCCAAGUACAACCGCCUCGACGUCGCCGAGCCCGCCAAUGCGCUUGACAGGCCCGUCCCUGCCAACAAAGACACCGCCAUGCCCACGAGGGACGCCCCUUCAGCUGUGCCUGGUUACGGAGGGCGGAACCGGAGGAUGAACUACUCCGGCCCGCUGGUGCCGCCGGGAGGGAACAUGGACGAGAUGCUCAAGGAGCACGAGCGGCAGAUCCAGGCGGCGGUGCGCAAAGCGCGCGUCGACAAGGAGAGGACCAACCGCAACCAUUACUGACCAGCGGUAGGAAAUGACAUGCCAUCCUCACCGCCAGAUCGAGCCUGUCGUGCGUGCACAGAAACACCUCCACCAUAGGCGACCUGCAGGGAUCUCCAACGCGGGCUCGGGCUCGGGCUCGCUGCUGCCGCCGCACGGUGCCACGUCCCGAGAGUCAGGCUUUCCUUGAUCCAUGUAUAUAAUACGUAGCAGAGUUGGAAGGAUUCGGAAAGCCUGCCUUGUACACCGGGCUGUAUUGAUGAAAAAAACAUGUGUGUACCGACAAACCGGAUGGUCAUGGCCCAUGCAGCAUAACAGUAUACUACUCCCUCCCUUCGUUUCUAAAUACAAGUCUUUUUACAGAUUUCAAUAUGAACAACUACCUACGGAGCAAAAUGAGUGAAUCUACACUCUAAAAUAUGUCCAUAUGCAGUCCAUAUUAAAAUCUUUAAAAGGAUUUAUAUUUAAGAACGGAGGGAGUAGAAUCUAACGCGAGAAUUACCACGCAUUCAUUAAAAUACCAACAACAGACGUGCUUCUCCCCCAAACCAUCCGGAUAGACAAAACAAUUUGUUUUACAUGAAUCACUCUACUUGUACUGAGGUUUAAAAUGCUUGUAAGUUCCCACUUGAUAAAACAAAAAGGACCACAACACAAGCAUCAGAAAAGGAGGCCUGUUGCAAUUCAUAUCCAAGCUUAACAAAACAUGAAAACCUAUGAGAUCUAAGGGAGUACCUCUACAUGAGUAAAAGAGACCAGGUAGCAAAGAAAACAAACAUCCCUAAAUAACAGAUCAAAAAUGAAAAUGUAACAAGCUACCAGUUAAAAAACAAGCUAUUCAGAAAUUUGAAGGAUUUUAAAGCCCCAACUUCAUAAUGUUCAAAACAUCAUACGGUUCAUUGACUGAGGCAUCAUUUAGUCUCUUUCACAAGCACAAUUUCCACCUCCCUAUCAUCUCACAGGCAUCUGUAUUUGUAAUUUGCUUACGUUAUUUGUAGUAGUUCUGUUAAUGGAUUUACCCUGAUUUUGUCCAUGAGAAUUUGCUCCUUCAAUUUGUUCAAGAUAAAUGAUACAGACUUGACAGAACCAUGAAUGAUAAAAUAAUCAUAAGUUUUACUUUGGUCGAAAUAAGCAACUACUCGAGCGUAUAUAACUUGCUUGAAAGUAUGGUAAUCUCUAAAUAUGUAAGAUCAAUCUGCAUAUUCCGAAGUUACCCUGUUUCAAGAAGUGUGAACCAACUGUUUAUUUCAUACAGUUGUGUUCCUAUGAGGAUAUUAUAACUUUUGAAAUUCUUCUUCACAUCUAUGAAGUGCAUGAAGACGCUCCGAAGAGUGCAACCACCAACGAAGCCUCUAGCCUGAGUUCACUUCCUGAGAAGAAAAGAGAAGUCUAGCCAGAUAGAGAAGUCUUAGAUAGUGCAGCAUAGCUAGAGAACAGACACUGCUACUUGACAUUUGCCAAAAGAAGUAUGCAUUCGAGCCAAACCAAGGCCAUUAAAUUUUGCUCCAACUCUUAGACCAGUAAAAUGCACAGUGAUGAAGAACUAUGCCUAUCUGAAAUUUGCACCAUUAUUUUUGUUUCUCUAACCGGCAGCGGGUUUUAACCAUUUGUAGUGCAGUAUGACGUGAUAAGAAAAUAUUAUGCCUUCAUAAUGGAAGGAAGGUGGAUUACAAAACCAAAGCUCCAAUCUGAUGCAGCCAAAAGAUAUAUCUGAUUAAUUAGGAUAUGCUCAUAACCAUUGGAAAUAGUACUCUAUUGAACCUGCAUCCCCCGCCAUAGACGUGAAAAUUACAAUCAUACGAUCACAAUCCUGGAUCAUGUGCUGAUGGCUUGGGUGGGGGUGUCAAAAUAAGGUACUCCCUCCAUUCCAUAAUGUAGUGCGCUCACGCUUUUCGAGAUUUAACCUUGACCAUAAAUUAGACCAAUAAUACAUAAAUCAUUUUACUGAAGACUUAUCCUUUGAAAACUUCUUCCUAAUACAAAUUCAAAGGUAUCUGUGAUGCUCCUGCUGCAGUCGCCCAUGUUGGUUAAAUGUAUGGUCAAAGUUAAAUCACGAAAAGCGUGGACGCACUACAUUAUGGAAUGGAGGGAGUAUUAAACAACAGAUGAAAAUAUGAUCUAUGAGUGCGCAAGAAUACAUAGCUCUCAAUUUUUUUCAUGGUAAAAUCUUCAAUGAUUUUUUUCCUUUUGUGCAUAAGAAGAAAAGGCUCAUGGUUGUACACUGAAGCCAGAUACUGGACAUAAGAAGAAAACUGGGCAUAAGGAAAUCUGAUAUAGAUUUGCUUAAGCAGGCAAAGCUGUAGGCGAGGAUUCUACACACCUUUUCCACGAACCUGAUCGUUACUCGUUUAUAAACUUGAUUUAUAUAUUGGAAACAAAAAGUGACUAAGUGCAUGGAAGAGACCGCAUUGGUCUUUAAGUAGAAAUAACUAUAAGUACCAUUGCACGCACAUCUUCCCCAAACCUGUUGACAAAUGCAGUAGAAAUAUAUUUGUUUGUAAACUUUAAUUUCGGAAAUUAUAGCCACAAACAUCAAAAUGCCAGUUGAGUCGUUGCUGAACUGGUCGUAUUAGAAACCCAUGUAAAAGAAAGGCCGCCACUUUGCCAUUUGUACCACCCAUAAGGAAUAACAAAAAUAAGAAACUAAACAUUUACUCCCUUCAUAAUCUAAUAUAAGAGCAUUUGGAUUACUAAAAUAGUGAUGUAAACGCUCUUAUAUUAGUUUACAGAGGGAGUAUAUAGCUUAAUGUAUGGCCCGGCAAAAAUAAAAUAACAUAAUUUUUCAUCAAAUAAUGAAGGUGAGAAAAAUAAAGAAGCACUGCAAGUUAAAAUGUAUUCCCUCCGUCCGGGAAAAGUUGUCCCCAUGAAGUUUUUGCAAAAAACCCCUCGAAGCAACUCCGACCGAACCCGCAGUCCAUCAUCCCCUUCGACAGCUCCGCUCGUGCAGCUCCACCGCUCCCCCGCGACACCGCGCAGCUCCACCACGCCGCGCCGCCGCGACCCGCAGCUCCACCACGCCCCUCCGCCGCGACCCGCAGCUCCACCACGCCGCGCCAGCGUGACCCGCAGCUCCACCGCUCCCUCCAUCCCUGCCCGUCGAUUUGUUCCCUAAAAUACUCACCUUUCCCUAUCACUGCCCGCGACGAGGCCGAAUGUGUACCACUCCAGCAUCCCCGGCGCGGCGUACAGCCUGAGGAAGAGGCAGUCGUGGGCGGCGCGGAAGGCGCCGUCGGCCUCCACCAGCGCCUCGAUGUAGGUGUUGGAGCCACCGGCAAAAUUUCAAAUUGGGAAGAGCAAAAUCUCACCUUUCCUUUUCCGGCGGAUAUGAAGGCGGCUCUCUCCUCUUCAUAGGGUUACGCCGUCGACCAAUUCACAUUGCUGGCGCCGCUGUCCCACCGAUGGUCAGCACAGUGCCCAUCUCCACCGCUCCCCCGCGCAGCUCCAUCCCCUCCUGCAUGUGGUUGCCAGCGCAACGAGACAGGAGUCGUGGAGCCGAUCGUGUGCUCGAUCGUGGGAAGGUGGAGGAGACCGAGUCCACGGUCUAACACUACUGUUUCCCCCAUUCCAUUACAGUCUCCCUCUCUCAGUUGUUCUGUUGCAUGACCAUGUAUAGAUAGAAGUUGUUCCCUGUGGUCCAAAUAGGUGAGCGAGCCAUCCAUCGAAUUGCCCGCAAAAAUCAAAAUGAACAGUACUCUGACGGAGUACCUUCUUUCAGAGUGCAGAGAAGCAAAAUUGUUCUGAUCAGCAGCAGCACAGCACAGUCACUUGGAUCAGAGGAAGAGGAACAUCAGCAGCACGGGAAGAGGAGCAGCAGCGGCGGCAGCACGGGCAGAGCUCCUCCGGCGGCAGGGGAGAAGCAGCCGCACGGGCGCACGAGCAGAGAAGGAGCAGCACGGCCGGGGUUGGCAGCGGCGGCUGGGGUUGCCGCGAGUGCGAGGAACUAGUCAGGGAUGCGAGGAGGGCGAUGAGGAGGAGGCGCCCGUCGAAGUGGUCGCCUUGGAGGAGCAGCCGCAGGUGGGCGGCGGGGCAGCGACGCUGGUGGGCGGCGGCACAGGUGGGCGGCGGCGCAGGUGGCCGGCGGGGCAGGGGAGCAGGUGGGUGGCGGCGCAGGUGGGUGGCGGCACAGGUGGGCGCCCGCUGUUUCUACGGCGGCUGCCGACGGCCGCUUGGUCCAGCCGUGGUCGAAGGAGGAAGAAGCAGAGGUGAGGGGGGAUUAGCACGAGAUUUAAAAUCAGAAGGUUUUUUUUGCAAAAUUAGAAAUGAACUGAGCUGGGGACAACUUUUCCCGGAUGGAGGGAGUAUCUCACAAAAUUUCAAAAAAGAAAUUGUAUCUCACAGACUAAUUAGUCUGCCGCUUAAUUGCGGUGUAUAUUUAAAAACUUAUUUCCAUUCAGAUCCAACAUGCAAGUUUCUUUUCUAAA